AUGUGGGUGGGGGUGGGGGGUUUGUGUGUGGUUGUGGGUGUGUGGUGUGGUGUGUUGGGUAGGGUGUGGUUAUUGUGGUGUUGUGGUGUGAAGUGUGGUGGGGUGGGUGUUUUUGUGUGUGGGUGUGUUGUGAGUUGGGGUGGGGUGGUUUGGGUUUUUUUUUUUGGGGGGGUGUUUGUGGGGUGGGUUGGGGGGGGUUUGGGUUGUGGUGUGUGGUGUGUUUUUUUUGUGUGUGUUGAUGUGGGUUUGGGUUGGAUUGUUGGUGUUUGGGAUUUGAUUUGUGGAGGUGUGGUUGGUGUGGUGGUGGGGGGGGGAUGGGUUGUGUUGGGGGGGGUUUGUUUUUUGGGUGGGUUGGUGGGGGUGGUUGUUGGUUUGGUGUUUUUUGAGUGUUGUGGGUUGUGGGGGGGGUGGUUUGUGGUGGUGGGGGUGUGGUUGGGUUUGUUGUUUGUUGGGGGUUGGUGUUGUGGGUGGGUGGGGUGUUGGGGUGUUUUUUUGUGGGGGGGUGGGGGGGGGGUUUGGGUUUGGUGUGGGUUUGGGGGGGUGUUGGUUUUGGGUUGUUGUUUGGUUUUGGUUUUGUUGGUUUGUUGUGUGGUGGGUUUUUGGGGGUUGGGGGGGGGUAGGGUUGUUUGGGUGGUGGGUGGGGUAGUUUUUUGUUUGUUUGGGUGUUGUUGGUGGGGGGGUUGGUGGGUAGGUUUGGUUGGGGUGUGGUGGGGGUUGUGGUUGGGUGGGGUGUUUGGUGUUUGGUUUGGGGGUGGUUGGUGUUUUUUGGUUGGUUUUGUUUGGAGUUUUGGGGGUUGGGGGGGUGGGGGGUUUUGGGUUAGAUGGUGUGUGUGGGGUGGGUUGUGGGGUUGGGUUGGGGGUGUGUGUUUUGGGGUGGUAUUUGGGUUGGUUUGA